AGCGAUCGCGUCGCUUGUUCGCUCGCUCUACGUACUUCGUUGACGACGGUCGCGCGCGUGUAACGUUCUUAUAUUUCUAUCAAACUUACGCGGUAACUUCCUCCGAAAUUGUAUUAGAGGAGAAUUUGUGAACUUUUUCGGUCCAUUACAUAGUGUUGUGCCUGUAGAGAGUUACUAAAGGAAAUAUCGAGUUUUACUGGAGUGAACUCGAAGCCGGUCGACUGUGAGAAACGAUUCGUUUCGGUUUCGACGCCGCCGAGACUAGUGGAUGUUGAUAAUAAAUAGCGUUAGGGAGUUAAGUGCGAAGCAAAAGUGAAGUGUUGGAGGAGCGGAGGAUGUCAUUCGGCGGUCGAGGAUACGAGGGCGUGUGACACGCUCUUCGACAUGAGACGCCGCUGGUCUAACAACGGAGGCUUUCCGCUGCGAAUGCUUGAAGAGAGCUCCUCAGAAGUGACUUCGUCGUCAGCUCUAGGAUUACCACCGGCAAUGGUUAUGUCACCGGAGUCGCUCGCCUCGCCAGAGUACGCUGGGCUCGAGCUAUGGGGCUACGAUGAUGGAAUCACAUACAACACUGCUCAGUCGUUGCUCGGCAACACUUGUACCAUGCAGCAGCAGCAGCAGCAGCCCACACAACCAUUACCUUCCAUGCCGUUGCCGAUGCCGCCCACGACGCCCAAAUCAGAAAACGAAUCCAUAUCAUCAGGUCGUGAAGAACUGUCGCCGGCAUCAAGUGUAAAUGGAUGUAGCACAGAUGGAGAAGCAAGACGGCAAAAGAAAGGUCCAGCACCUCGCCAGCAAGAAGAGCUGUGUCUCGUAUGUGGUGACAGAGCCUCCGGAUACCACUACAACGCACUCACAUGUGAAGGCUGUAAAGGAUUCUUUAGGCGGAGUGUUACUAAAAAUGCUGUAUACAUUUGCAAAUUUGGUCACGCGUGUGAAAUGGAUAUGUAUAUGAGAAGAAAAUGUCAGGAAUGUAGGUUAAAGAAAUGUCUCGCAGUGGGUAUGAGGCCAGAAUGUGUAGUUCCGGAAACAACGUGUGCAAUCAAAAGAAAAGAAAAGAAAGCACAAAGAGAAAAAGACAAACUGCCAGUCAGCACAACGACAGUUGAUGAUCACAUGCCGCCCAUAAUGCAAUGCGAUCCACCGCCACCCGAAGCUGCCAGGAUUCACGAAGUGGUCCCGCGGUUCCUCUCAGAAAAGCUCCUGGAGCAGAACAGGCUGAAGAACAUCCCUCCACUAACGGCAAAUCAGCAGUUCUUGAUCGCGAGGCUGGUCUGGUAUCAAGAUGGCUACGAGCAGCCUUCUGACGAAGAUUUAAAAAGGGUUACACAGACUUGGCAGGAAGGGGAGGAAGACGAGGAGGAAUCUGACUUGCCGUUCCGUCAGAUCACUGAGAUGACUAUCCUGACCGUUCAACUGAUCGUCGAGUUCGCUAAAGGCCUACCGGGAUUUGCCAAGAUCUCUCAACCUGAUCAAAUCACCCUUUUAAAGGCUUGCUCCAGUGAGGUGAUGAUGUUGCGAGUGGCACGACGAUAUGACGCGUCGACAGACAGCGUUCUCUUCGCGAACAACCGCGCGUACACCCGCGAAAACUAUCGCAAGGCGGGCAUGUCGUACGUUAUCGAGAACCUGCUACACUUCUGCCGCUGCAUGUACACCAUGUCCAUGGACAACGUGCACUAUUCCCUCCUCACCGCUAUCGUCAUCUUCUCAGACCGGCCGGGGCUUGAGCAACCGCACUUGGUGGAGGAGAUCCAGCGGUAUUACCUGAACACUCUGCGCGUGUACAUCAUGAACCAGCUGAGCGCGUCCUCGCGCUGCCCGGUCAUGUUCGGCAAGAUAUUGUCCAUACUGUCCGAACUACGUACACUGGGCAUGCAGAACUCUAACAUGUGUAUAUCACUGAAACUCAAGAAUAGGAAGCUACCGCCGUUUUUGGAGGAGAUAUGGGACGUAGCGGAAGUGUCGACAUCGCAUCCGCCUACACUCGUCGAGCCCCCCACCGAGCUCUAG